UAGUCAGUGUUUUGGAUGGAAUUAGAUGUAAGUUCACCUAUUCCCUGAAAAACUCGUUCACUUUGGUUUCAAAUUUACGAGAUAUCGUAAUUCCCGACGAUUACGUGUUGGUUAGCUUUGAUGUGGUUUCGUUAUUUACAAACAUUCCUCAAGGUUUAAUUUUUGACCUCGUUGAUGAACAUUGGGAGGAUUUGAAAACCCAUACUCAGAUUCCAAUAACGACAGUUAAAAAUAUUAUUCAGUUUAUUUUCGUGAACAGCUAUUGUACUUAUGAUGGUUUAUUUUACUCCCAGAUUAGAGGUUCUGCUAUGGGAAACCCAGCCUCCCCAAUUUUGGCUGAGAUGGUCAUGAAUAAGAUGACAUUAUUUUAUCCAUUCCAAAGGAUAAGGUUCCACAAGUCCUGCAAGUUUUCAAUAGUUUCCAUAGCAGCCUCCAAUUUACAUAUGAGUUAGAGAGUGAUAACCGAAUCCCGUUUCUGGAUGUUCUUCUAAUUAGAGAGGGCAACAAGAUUAUCACUGACAUUUAUAGAAAACCGAUAUCAUCAGGUAGAGUCUUACAUUAUGACUCAGCGCACUCGAGAAUUCAGAAAGUUAUGAUAAUAAAAUCGAUAAAGCACAAAAUUCAGAAUUUAUCGGACGAGUUGUUUCACAAGAAAAAUUUCGAUGAGCAAACUUUAUUUCUGAUGAGGAAUGGUUACCCGAAAAGUUUGAUACAUAAAAUUUUUUAUUCUUCUAAUGUUGAACCUCCACCGCACACGUUGAAUAAUGUUGACGAGUCCCAUAAUAAUGUCAGAGUCUGUAAGUUGAUUUAUGUACCGAGGUUGUCCGAACAACUCAAACGAUUAAUGAAAGAUAGUACAAAUCGUGUUAUUUAUUACUACAACAAAACUGUUCGGUCUAUUUUUUCAAAGCUUAAGGAUAGGGAUCCGAAGGAGAGAUGUUCUGGGGUGGUUUAUAAGAUCAACUGUAGGGAUUGUAGCGUGUGUUAUGUCGGGCAAACAGGGCAAUAUUUGGGCAACAGAUCUGCCCAACAUGAAAGGGAUUGCAAGAAUAAAAAAGAAUCCACAGCAUUAUCUGCUCAUGCUUCAUCAUCCAACCACAAUUUUGAUUUUCAGAACGUUGAAAUUUUGGGUCGGGAGAACAACUGGUUUAAACGUUGCUUUAAGGAGAUGAUUUAUAUAAAAAAGUUCCCAAACACAGUUAAUGCACGUACGGACGUUAGUACGUUGAGUGUGGCAUAUUCCAACUUGAUUCCAAAAUGUUGAAAGCCCAGUUAAAUAUUUGGUCGUUUCGUUACGCCACUGUGCAAGUGUCAUGUUGUCUCUCGUGUUUCCGUUGUGUUUGUAGAUCGUUUUUCUUCCAUUCAUUUGAAUUCUGCGUUUGAUGUGUCAUGACCCAAAAAGCAAACAUACAUCGAUGCCUAGAUCCGGUAG